AUGGGGCGGACGUGGGGGCAUGCGUCAAUCGUCGCGUUGGCCGUAACGCUGACGCGAGCAUACCUCAUCCUGGUGCCCGACACCGCGCCGCCGGGCCACGUGGUCUUAGACGCGGCCGUCUACAAGCUCGGCUCCGAGCGCACGUACUCUAUAGACGUGCACCGCACAGCCAACUUCGUCCACCACGUCCUCCGCGUCAACAGAACCACCGGCCUCGUCACGCUUAGGAAGAAGCUACGGUGCGACGGGGUCCUCUACCCCAACCUCUUCACUUUUUACGUCGACUCGACCUCCGACCGGAUACGCGACAUCGACUACUACAGUCUGCCUAUACGAGUGCUGGUGACGGGCGAGGAUUGCAGCAGACGGCACGCGGACCUAUACGACAUUGACUUCGACCGCGUCUACGAUCAAGACGACGCGGCGUUGCAGUACGAGGAUGACCACAUGAGGGACAGAAGAGCAGCUGUGUAUCCCUCCCAUCCAGGAUUUAUGGAUUGGAGGUUAAUGGAGGAGGAGGAAUUAUUUUCUAGUCAAUAUAACGUGCUAUCCACCGCGUAUCCGUGGGCUAAUGCCAUUUUCGAGGACUUCGGCGCUAGAAAUAGAAGUAGGAAUAAAAGAUCUCUCUCACAAGUACCUUUUGACAUGGCCAUAGACGUCAAGAUAGCCGAAGCGAAGCAAUGGAUAUCCGAGACGUACGCCAGCUUUUCCAUACCGACCACUGACCGCUGGCAGGGCAUAUGCCUGAAACAGUCCCAGUUUAUAAAUUCGUUAACGGCCUUCCUGCCGCGGACCGUGCAAAAAAUGUGUAAAGUGCAAUUCCUGGAUGUCAGCGACCCCCGUUUCCUGAUCGAAAGCAGCCAGGGCGAUUUGGUGGCGAGCGGUGACGUGUGCAUACAGGAGCCCAUGUGGAAAGUGUCGGUCCUCUUCACCUUCAACUGCGACCGCUCGAGCAUCGUCGAUUCCGACCACAGGCUGAAAAUAGUGUACCAUCAUCAGGAGCUCAACGAUACGGACAUAGCAAGGAGGGUGAAGCGUGAACUGCGGAACCAGUCGCCCUAUUUCGAGCAGGCGCUUUACGUCGCUUCCGUGGCAGAAGAACAGCCUCCGGGAGUGGUCGUUACAACAGUGAGAGCUCGGGACCCAGAGAACAGCCCGGUAACAUACUCAAUGUCGAGCUUGCUGGACUCCCGGUCGGCGGGAAUGUUCGCGGUCGACACGCGCACCGGAGUGGUGACCACGCAGGCGCGACUGGACAGGGAGAGGCUGGACGUACACUACUUCAGAGUUGUGGCGCAGGACGACACGUUCCCCCCCAGGAGUGGAACCACUACCCUUCAGAUAAAUGUGCUCGACUGCAACGACCACGCGCCAGUCUUCGAGAUGCAGCAGUACGAAGCGUCGGUACGAGAGGGCGCCAGCGCUGGCACCACAGUGCUCACUCUGAAGGCAACUGACCAGGACAUCGGAAACAACGCACAGGUGGAGUAUUCGAUCGACUCUGUGUCGGCGGACAGUCUGAAUCCAGAGGACGUAAACGAAUCGAUCGACGGUGCUAAAGAGCAGACGGACGCACAGGACGUGUUCAGGAUAGAUGGCAGGAGUGGAGCGCUACUCACGCGCGCACCACUAGACAGGGAGAAAGUUUCCCGGUACACCGUCAUAGUGAAGGCGACAGACCAAGCCAGCCCCCUGUCCGAUAGACUGUCUAGCAGCGCAACAGUCCAUGUGAAUAUUAUUGACGACAACGACAACUAUCCCCAGUUCAGCGAGAAAACUUACACCGUUACCGUGGACGAAGACAUCAGUGUUGCCGACAACCCUACAAUAGCAAAAAUCAAGGCCACUGAUGCCGAUAUUGGCGCGAACGCGGCGAUCCGCUACGCGAUCAUCGGCGGCAACACCCAGAUGCAGUUCUCCAUCGACAGCCUCAGCGGCGACGUGGCCCUGGUGAAGCCCCUGGACUACGAGCAAGUGCGCAGCUACCGCCUCGUCAUAAGAGCCCAAGAUGGCGGUAGCCCGUCCCGCUCUAACACCACUCAGCUGCUGGUGAACGUUAAGGACGUGAACGACAACGCGCCGAGAUUCUACUCCUCGCUCUUCCAGGAGUCAGUCAGCGAAAGCGUCCCGGUUGGCUACAGCAUCGUCAGGGUGCAAGCCUACGAUGCUGACGAAGGCGUGAACGCAGAACUGACGUACACUCUAGCAGACAAGGAAUACAACGGUAACAACGACUUGCCCAUAACGAUAGACCCUCGCUCGGGAUGGGUCUACAUAUCGGGGCAAUUGGACAGGGAAGUGCAAGCGAAAUAUCAACUUCAGGUGACCGCCACAGACAACGGUGUACCACCCCGCUCGGCGACUGCCUCCGUGGCAGUGGUGGUGCAAGACGUGAACGACAACGACCCGGUGUUCUCGCCGCCCCAGUACGAAGUGGAGUUAGCCGAAGACGAGCCUCCCGGCACUCCCGUCGUGACGGUCACUGCCACGGACGCCGACGAGGACAAUAGAUUGCACUACGAAAUAACGGGUGGGAACACGCGCGGCCGCUUUUCAAUCACGUCGCAGAACGGCCGCGGUCUGAUAACGGUGGCACAGCCCCUGGACUUCAAGCAGGAGCGAAGAUACGUGCUGACCGUCACCGCGACAGACUCUGGCGGCAGAUCCGACACGGCCAUGGUCCACAUAAACAUCACCGACGCGAACAACUAUGCGCCGGUGUUUGAGAAUGCGCCUUACACUGCUUCGGUAUUCGAAGACGCUCCGAUUGGUACGACUGUUCUAGUUGUAUCGGCGACUGAUAGCGACGUUGGCAUUAACGCACAGAUAACGUACAGCCUCAGCUCCGAGAUUUCUAACGAAGCGGUCGCCCAUCAUGACCACGAGUUCCUCAUCAACCCUCACACCGGAGCCAUCACGACGAACAAACUGCUUGACAGAGAGACGAUGAGUGGAUAUCUUCUAACAGUGACGGCACGCGAUGGCGGUGUGCCUUCACUUUCAGACACAACAGAUGUCGAAAUAUCAGUUGUAGACGUGAACGAUAAUCCGCCUGUAUUCAAACAGCAACUAUACACGUCCAGCAUCAUGGAAGACGCUUUAGUAGGCACAUCGGUGACGCAAGUGGGCGCGAGCGACGCGGACGUGGGGCUCAACGGGCGCGUGCACUACGAGCUGGAGGCCCGGGACCGCGAGGAGGGCUCGUUCGUGAUGGACCCCGCCUCGGGGGUGCUCCGCACGAACAAGGCGCUCGACCGCGAGUCCGUCGCCACGUACGACCUCAGGGCGCUCGCGGUGGACGGCGGCACCCCGCCGCAGAGCUCGACGGUGAUUGUUCAUAUAAAAGUCGAGGACAUAAACGAUUCGCCACCAGUGUUUCAAAGCGACUGCCUAACCUUUUAUAUACCAGAGAACAGUCCGAUUGGGACAACAGUUGGAGAGAUACGCGCUCACGACCCAGAUGAGGGGCCAAACGCCGUCAUACAUUAUUCCAUCAAAGGCGGUGACGACUCGAACAGCUUCUCGCUGGAGACACGUCAAGGCUCCGACAAGGCGGAACUCGUCACGAUGGUCGACUUGGACUACGAGAGUCCCAGGAAGAAAUACGAGUUGGUCAUCAGAGCCGCCAGUCCCCCAUUGUGGAAUGACGUCAGAGUCGAAAUAUUGGUGACGGACGUCAACGAUAACGCACCCAUGAUGAAGGACUUUCAAAUAAUUUUCAACAACUUCAAAGACUGCUUCCCAGUGGGGCCUUUUGGCAGAGUUCCGGCAUACGAUGCUGAUGUUUCUAAUAAGCUUCAAUACCGAAUUUUAUCUGGUAACAACGCCAAUCUGGUUCUUUUAAACGAAACCACUGGCGCAAUGACUUUAUCGCCCCAACUGAACACUAAUGUACCAAAACUGGCAACCAUGGAAUUGUCUGUAACUGACGGCGUCAACGAAAUCAAAGCAAUGAUGCAACUGUCAGUGAGACUGAUAACAGAAGAAAUGCUGUUCAACUCGAUAACUGUCAGAUUGAAUGACAUGACGGCAGAGCAGUUCCUAUCGCCAUUGCUGGGCUUCUUCAUUGACGGCCUAGCUGCUAUUAUACCGUGUCCGAAAGAAAAUAUUUACGUCUUCAGUGUACAGGACGAUACGGACGUGACGGGCAACAUUCUGAACGUCUCUUUUUCGGCCCGGCGGCCGGAAGCUGAGGUGGGCGCGGGCGGUGAUCCGUCACUGUACUACUCGCCAACGCACUUGCGUGAGCGACUGUACCUUAACCGCGCAACGCUCGCCAGGCUUGCAACUGUUCAGGUUUUACCAUUCGACGAUAACGUGUGCAUCCACGAACCGUGCCUCAAUUUUGAAGAAUGCCUCACGGUACUCAAAUUCGGUAACGCAUCGGGCUUUAUAAGCAGCGACUCUGUUCUAUUCCGGCCAAUAUAUCCCGUUACAACCUUCACUUGUCAAUGUCCGCAGGGAUUUACGGGUCUUAGGGAGCAUUUUCUUUGCGAUACCGAAGUAGAUCUGUGUUAUUCAUCGCCGUGUGUUAACAACGGAACGUGCAUGAGACGCGAAGGCGGCUACACUUGUGUUUGCACUCCUGGAUUUACUGGUACAAACUGCGAAACUAUUUUAACGAAAGCAACAUGCGACCUGAACGGUGACGGUACCUUCUGCAGAAGUGGAUCACAGUGUGUAGCAAGGAAAGAAGGCGGAAUCUUAUGUCAAGGUUGCACCAUAGACGCGGAGUACACGACGGCCAUGUGCGAACUGAGAGCUAGGAGUUUUCCCGCGUCAUCUUUUCUAACAUUUCCCGGAUUGAAAAGGCGACAUAGAUUUAACUUAAAGCUAAAAUUCGCGACCACGACGCCAUCCGGUCUGCUGGUGUACAACGGAAGGUACAACGAGCGUCACGACUUCGUAGCGCUGGAGACCAUCGCUACAGGUGCCGGGAGGGCCGGCGGCGAGGGUCUACGCUUCUCGUUCGCCCUCGGCGGCGCCCGCACCGACCUCACCGUAGCCGCCCACGUAGCCGAUGGGGCGUGGCACACCGUCGAGAUACGAUAUUACAAUCGAACGGCGACCAUGAUAAUUGACGAUUGCGACAAGGAUCUAUCCUUAGCUGGCGCAAGCGAGUUCGGUAUCAAAUACGCUUGCGCAAACUUCACAAGGAAAGUUUUGCCGCCGCGAUGCGAUAUCCCUACCGAAACGUGUCACAGAUUCCUCGAUCUCACCGGCCCGUUGCAAAUUGGCGGACUGCCCAACAUUCCCACCAGCUUCCAAGUGAAGAACAAGGAUUUCAUCGGAUGCAUCUCCGAUAUUUACAUCGAUCACAAAUUUCUAGAUCUGAACAGCUACGUAUCGGACAACGGGACACUGGCGGGGUGUCCGCAGAAGCGUUCCCAGUGCAGCUCGGCGCCUUGCCACCACGGCGCCGAGUGCAGUGAGCUGUGGGACUCGUUCUCUUGCGAAUGUCCCGAGGGGUACACCGGCCACGAUUGCGCCGAAACAACUUCCGCGCCGUGGCGAUUCAGCGGUGACGGCAUGUUGUCUUUCAACCCGCUGCUGCGACCCAUACAGCUGCCUUGGCUGAACGCUCUCACCAUUAGAACGAGACAGCUCGACGCAUUCCUUAUGUCAAUACAAGUGGGACAGAACAGCAGUGUCUUCAUCAGUCUCAAGUCCGGUCUCCUCCACUACGCUUACAAUGGCGAAACGAUGUUCCUACCGUCGACAAACCUAGCAGAUGGGAUCUGGCACCGCAUAGAGAUCAAGUGGCUAGGUACCGACAUAUCGGUCGGAAUAGACUACGGCCUGCGGAGCGCGCUUCUACCGAUGUUGGCCAACAAGAUACAGGGCCAGUAUAUUGGCAAAAUUCUCAUCGGCGGCCCCGACACCACCGCUGGCCUAUUAGCAUCCGAAGUUGGGUAUUUCGAGGGAUGCAUUCAGGACGUCCGAGUGGGCACCGCACAAUCGUUACUUAACCGACCUACAGUCAGAGAGAAUGUUCGAGACGGAUGUCAAUCUAAGGCCGAUUGUAUGCUCUCGAUUUGUCCUCCUUACAGCGCCUGCGAGGCCGAAUGGGAUAGCACAGAGUGUGUGUGCGAGAGAGGCCGCGUUGGGCCACAGUGCACGGCGGCCUGCGAGCUGCGCCCUUGCGGCCCCCACGCAGUCUGCGUGCCCGACGACACGCAAAGGGGCUACAGCUGUAAAUGCGAACAAGGCUACUCUAUGACCGCGGACGGUUGCACGGAGCAACGGGAAGAGGAGUGCCCGGGCGGGUGGUGGGGCGUGACGGGCUGCGGGCCGUGCGACUGCGACUCGGCGCGGGGCUACCAUCCCCAUUGCGCGGCGAGGGACGGCCGCUGCCGUUGCAAGGAGAAUCACUACAAGCCGCCCGACGUAGAGGAGUGCUUGCCCUGCCAAUGCUACGCAGCGGGCUCCCUCAACAGCUCUUGCGAGGACACGACCGGACAGUGCCACUGCCGUAGCGGGGUCAUCGGCCGAGCUUGUGACUCCUGUUCCAACGUCUACGCGGAGGUCACCCCAAACACCGGCUGCAAGGUUAUUUACGAUGGUUGCCCUAGAUCGUAUUCAAACGGAGUUUGGUGGCCAAGGACAAAGUUUGGAGUCGCAGCGAUAACUGAUUGUCCACCAGGUUCAAGCGGCAAAGCGACCCGCGUUUGCGACGAAAUACAAGUGGUCCCGUGGCAAGAACCAGACAUGUUCAACUGCACAACUUCUACCUUUUACCAGCUUCGAAAGCAGCUGCACAAAAUAGAGACCGGUGAGCUCACUGUGAACACCUUCGUCGGGGUGCGUCUCGCUGAGGACUUGGCCACCGCCUGCUCCAAGACCGCGCGCCUAUUCGGGGCAGACGUCCUCGUGACGGAGGGCAUCCUCCUCGAGCUGAUGCAGUACGAGCUUCACCAGGCGGGGCUGAACCUCACGCACAGCCAGGAUAAAGACUACGUCCGGAAUAUAAUGAAAUCGGCGAACACCAUACUGAACAUAGAAUACGAGAAAGAGUGGCAGCGAAUCACGAAGCUGACCGGUCACGGCGUCGAACACUUAAUGCAAAAAUUCGACAAAUACAUUUCAGUGUUGGCUGAGAGCCAGCACGAUACCUACACCAGUCCCUUUGAAAUUGUUACCAGUGAUUUGGUUAUUGGUGUGGACAUUGUAACCGCUGAGUCGAUAUACGGCUUCGAACCCACUCAGCUGAACCGAUACAAUUCGGAAUCGUUGACAACUGAACGGGUCAUACUGCCGGACACUUCGGCGUUCAUACACUCUCCCAUACAACCCGGUUACUAUGGAAACGGUAAAUCGAAACCGAAGAAGCCAUCCAGCCCCACAGUGUCUUUCCCGAAAUACAAUAACUACGUUAAAAACAAAAACAAGUUCGACAAGCACUCGAGAGUUCUACUGCCACUGGAUUUGCUGGGAAUAAACAGUAACAGUGAGGAAAUUGCGUCCAUUUACGAAUCACGCGCAGUGUUCUCCUACCUGCAAUACUCGCGCAACACAUCUCAGCUGAUGCCGCUGCGCAUGGAUGACUCGGUCAGCCGACGGUGGGGGGUCAACAUCACCGUUGGCUCGCCCAUACUCCAACUGGCCCUGUACGUGCCCGAAUUCGUGUGGAGCAGAGAGGCCAGCGACAACGAGAGCAUAGAGAACGGGAGCGACGCGGCCGGUGUCGUCUACGCCAACAAAGGGCAGAAUCAUCAAACGCAAACGAAUCAGAUCAGCACAAAUCCACAGUCCAGAAACAAUUGGCCUCAUGCCAAUGAGGACGAUAAUUUGAACGGAGAUCACCACGGACCGGUUGUAAUACAGCCCGCUUACAAAAAGCAGGAUAACGGUGAUAGUGAAAAUUUGCGCGAAAACAAUUCUAUGUACGGCGCGGAGAAAAUCAUCAAAGUUGACGGUGCGGACAACCUAAAAGUAAUGGCAUUGACAAUGGCGCCAAAUGACAAAAACAAAGAUGGCGGCAACUCCAGCAAGGAGGCAGACAAAAAGAAGUUGGUGUAUAAAAGCUUGGGUGGCAUUCGUUUGAGAAAGCCAAUCAGGUUACAAUUGUGGCUGGACAUAAAUAGAGAAACAUUCGGGUCGAGAACUAACCCACAAUGCGUGCAUUGGUCAACUUUAAGAGGAUCUGGUGAAUGGUCCCGAGUGGGUUGUCACACCGAAAUUGACUACGAUUGGUCGCCAUACUCCAAUGAGCCACUAUUAAUUAAUUGCACGUGUAAUCAUCUGUCAACGUUCGCAGUUUUGGUUGAUGAAGUCGAUAUCGAGUUUAUACCGGAGCCCUCUCUACUGGAGUCAGUGACGUCAUACUCCGCAUUCAGUAUCUCCCUUCCACUCUUACUCACAACUUGGGCUGCUCUGUGCCUCAUGCGUGGUGGCGCGGCCACUGUUUCCAACUCUAUACACAAACACCUCGUAUUUUGUGUGUUUAUGGCUGAACUCCUUUACUUGAUUGCGCUGAAAGCAAGAAACUCUUUGGUGCAAAAUGAGUUCGCGUGCAAGUUGGUGGCGAUGUCGCUGCAUUACUGGUGGCUUGCGGCGCUCGGGUGGGCCGCGUGCGAGGCGUGGCAACUGCGCCGACUGCUGCGCGAGCUGCGCGACGUGAACCACGGCGGGCUGGCAGCGCCGCUCGCCGCCGCCUACGCCGCGCCGGCGGUCGCCCUCGCGCUCGCCGCCGCCCACCGCCCGCACCAGUACGGCAACGCGCUGUUUUGCUGGGUGAGCUGCCACGAGCCAGUAGUCUGGUGGGUUGUGAUCCCCGCUGCAGUGUACGCUGCAGCCGCGGUCAUAUUCCUGGCUGGCGCCACCCACGCAGCCUUCACAGUUCGAGACCACGUCACUGGCUUUGGAAACUUGAGGAUGCUGCUGGCGAUAAGCAUCGUGUGCCUGCCCCUGCUGUGCGUGUCGUGGGCGGCCGCGCUCAUACUGGGCAGCGAGGCGGGCGGGCGGAGGGCGGCGCUCAGCUCGCUCUUGGCGGGCGCGGUCACGCUGCACGCGGCCGCCGCGGCGCUCGGCCACGUGCUGCUCAACGUGCGCGUGCGUGACAACCUACGACGAUCCAUUCUCAGAUGCAUGGGGAAGAAAGUCCCGCCAGUGGACACGUCUAUUAUAAUCAGCUCAAGCGCACAGAACCUUUCACAAGUAAAUAGGUCUGCGUUAUCGUACCACAGUGGCGCUGAGUCGGGCCGUCAACUGCGAAAUAUUGGAAUAUCAGCGUCGUCCACAACGUCAAGGUCCACCACGAAAACUAGUUCAAGCCCAUACAGCCGAAGCGACGGACAACUUCGACAUACGAGCACGUCAACGUCGAACUACAACACGAGCGCGAGCGACAUGCCCAACUACUUGAGGGGAUUCGAUUCCUCGCUUCAUACUAGAAAAGACGAGGAGGGCCGCCGCCGGCGCAUGGCGGGCGCGGACGGCGAGGCGGGCGGCGAGGCGACCGAGGCGACGGACAGCGACAGCGACGCCAGCGAGCGCAGCCUCGAGCUCGCCUCCAGCCACUCGUCCGACGACGACGAGACGAGCACGCGACGCUCCAGCCACCCGCCCUCCGCCGCCAGAGAUCGUGGCCCAAGCAGCAACGCGGGAAGCUAUCUACCGAACAUAGCGGAAGGAGCGCCCUUAGGAAUCACACCACGUUGGCCGUCUCACAUUAGAGAAGAAACAAACCGGGCCGACAUCGGGCGCUGGUCCCGGGAGACGGCGUCGGACCACGAGGGGCCGAACCCGGGCGCCGCCACGCCGUCGCCCAACCCGCUGCCCAACCCGGACCUCACGUCCGACGUGUACCAGCUCGGCCGGCACCGCGCGAAGCCCUCCAUCCUGGAGAACGUGCACGACACGUACGUCGCCAGCGUGGACGCGUCUCGGCUGCCGCUCGACAACAGAUACGGUGUAAUGGAAGACGAGCUCAUGUACGGCGUACUGCCGACGGACACUGAGAAGCAGAUGCCGUACGACCCCAACUAUCCGAUGUCGCCGACAAUGUACAGGCUGCCGCAAAAUCCGUACGGCUCCAAGACGUAUCUGUCCGCGUCGCGGACGUCCGACUACGGUUACAGCCCCACCAACUACUUGGGCGAGCACGCGUACGGCUCGCGCGAUUUCCGGGAUCCGGGCAAUCCCGCGCGGGAUUUCCGCGACUCGGGCAAUCCCGCGCGGGAGCAGGGCUACCCGCCGCGGGAUUUCCGCGACUCGGGCAUAGCGACGAUGCUCAAGAACGACUACCAGAGGAAGAUGGAGGGCCAUUACGGCGUGGACUACAACGACGCGGUGUCGGAGGGCUCCGAGAAGCAUCACCCGCACGACAAAUAUCUGUUCCCCUACACGGCCGAAGAGGACCACGUAAGUAUCCGUGAGGCGGCGCUGUCGUCGCAUGCGCGUGCUAACGCAGGUACGUGUUUCUCGCCUAUACAUUUACUUGGAGAAAAGAGUACACACAUCGAUAAGCGUUUGUCAAUUUUUGUGAAGCUCAUCAGCAAAUGGCCGCACCGCUUGCGAGUAUGGGAGAAACAAGCGAAUGGUGGCGGUUGUAUGAGAAAAAUUCAUUUUAAAUCAUCUUUUGCUUUGCUAACCGGUGGUGUUGCCGUGCGCAAAAUCAUCUGCAAUCAUCUUAGGGAGGAGGACUAUAUUGUAUCUGUGGAGCUCCUCAUUAAAAUUGUCUAUAGCGUUACAAGGAUAAUUCCUAAACACGUUGCAAAAUUUUAUUACAUUUAUAUUUGGCAAGGACCGAAAAGGAAAUCUACUACUGAAGAUGACGCGGAGACACGAGUA